GGAAGUUUACAUCCAACUGUUAAAUAAAAUCAACACAAGUGAUUCAUUUUGUCAUUAGGAAAUUUUUUAAAAUCUUGAGAAAUCUAUAAUUUAAGUCUUUUAAAAUUAAUUAUAUUAAUUUUAAAGCGCUUAAAUCUUCAGAGACGUCAUGGGGCUUUUUGGGAAAACACAACAAACUUCUCCAAAAGAAUUGGUUGGUAUUAAAAUUAUUAAGAGUCGGUUGGCAGUGGUAGGAAAACCUUAAUGUCUUAAAUAACUUAGCCAGCAAUAGGGUCCAAAUAGCGUCAAUGCGUUUCCGGUUCCAUUUUUACUAAAUGCUAUUUGUAGAUACUUUGUCAAAUAUUUAAACAUUUUGUAAAAAUAAACCAAUGGCAUAGUUGAAUAGAGCUAAUUUUUUACAGAAUUAUAACACCCAAAUCAUAUUUUUAGCUAUUGUAGUUUUAAAGUUACCUAGCGAAACUUUUGACUUUGGCCUGCGUACACCGCGGCGGUGUACCUAGCUAAAUCAUGGUCUGUGGCCUGCGUACACCGCAGCGAUUUAAAGUAGCAAAACUAUGGUCUUUGCGAGUCUUUAACUUUUUGGCCUAUCCGGUAUUUGAAGAUUUAAUGUUAUACUCUUGUUAAAACUGAAAACUAUUUAUUUAAAAUUCAUUUAUUACCUUGGGAAGAUAUUGAGUAAGUUCCAUGCUUAUAUGGCAAAGUACUUGUAAAGCAUUUCUUAUUAAUUUUGGAAGGGAGGGGGGCUGGGGGUGUAAUGUUAAACCAUGAUUUAUUUUUAAAGUUAACCACUUUAUUCCCCCCUCCCCCAAUAUAUUGAAAUACAAAUAUAUUUAUUAAUUGUUGUAAGUUUUAUCAUAUGAUUUUGAAUCUUAAUAGGCAUAAAAAGGGUAGCCAAUUUGAAAUUAUUCUCUCAUGCCCCCCCACCCAGUUGUUUUUUUUGGGGGGCAAGGGGCAUUAUAAAUAUAACAUUGUAUGUUAUCCCUUGGGCGUGGUGUAAAAAUGAAUGGGAUGCCAGUGAAUCUAUUUUGUUAGCACCGAUAUAUAAUUGCGCCACAAAUACACUACGGGAAGAGAAUCACAUACUCAUACAUUAAUCAUGAAGUCGUGAAGUUAAAGUUGUCCGAGGCAUUGUCAUUGUGAUACCAAGCGUGUGUCAACACAAAACAGCAGUAAGAUGAUAAAUACAAAACAUUGUUAAAAGUCUUUUAACAAUAAUUAAAUAUCAUUGAUUUAGCUUUACAUUGGCAUUACACAUUAGUAAAAAAUGCUGGCCGGGGGGGGGGGGGUAUACAAAAGGUAUUUUUGUUGUGCGGACGUCCUUUGUGGACAACCCUUAUCCAGAGCCGUGAUUUGUGAAUGCCCCCUUUUUGGUUAAGCCUCUGCCCAUAACUCACCACCACCCCCACCCCCCGACAAGGAUCAAUUUCUUAACAAUAAAAAAAAACAAAACAACAAAUACAAAAACUUUGACAUAGCGCAAAUCCUGUCCCAAGCCCAUUGUGCAAUGGUUUCUGUGAGAAAACGUCGUGUUUUACCCUGAGAAUAGCACAUGCCAUGCCAUUCUGGAAACACAUUCCAUCAUGAAAAGGGUAAAUGCAGACCUAUGGCUUUGCUAUACAGUUUGCUACCGCUCCGCAAGUUUCUAAAAUCGAGGUGUUUUCAAAAGAUUUGCUGUGAGACUGAGUGUUGUCAAUGAACCUUUGAUAUCGUAUGUACAUUUUGCCAAUGCAUAAGGCAUAGUGAAAGCAAGAUGGUUCAAGAUUGAAAUACGACAAUGCACAUUAAUGACAUUAAUAUUCAUAUGGUAUGAAUAUUAUUCAUACUGGUAUUUUCUUUGGGUGUUCGUAAAAGUAAAAUGUAAAUAUUCAACUACAUGAAGAAUGUUGAAAUACAAUAUAAUAUCACUUAGUCACUUAGUAUUCAUAAUGUUUCUCUUAUACAUGUUACAUACACUAUACAUGCGCUUUCAGAAAUUUUAAGUUUGUUUUCAAAUGUCUAAAGUCUUAUUAUUAAAUUUACUGGUAUUUUCAAAGUCAAAGGCCGGCACAACUUGUUGAAACACUUAUAUACAUAUAUAUUGUGUAUUUAAUAUAAUAUUUAAACAUAUAUUUAAAUUGUUACAAAAUAUUUUAAAACUAAAAUGGGAGGGGAAAAAACUCGGCAAUCCUCCGAAGUCCGGUCCCAAAUUAUUUCCAAUGAUUAAUCCUUACUUAAAAGUCUUGGGCAUCAUUCUGUUUUGAAACUCAUGUUUGCGUUAGUGGACGAUGUUGGAUGGAGGCUGUCGGCCGUCGAGAUGCACAUCACUGAAGACUCGAGCGUAUUAUAUUAUUACUAAUCAUGUGUUACCAGGAACAACUACCGCCAUGGACGAUGGGCGAGGAUAUCAAAAUGUCAGUCAGCUCAACAACGGGAUUUAUGCUCACGCUGUCACUGUGCACGCGCAUGAAUUUGUUGACACAGUAGACAGUAGACCAGGUCAUUCAAACAGAGACUAUUGAAGGACUUUGGAUGUAAACAAAACGUACACUCCUCUAUCAGAGUGGUAGGGCCCACUAGUCACAAUCUGUUUGCCAGCUACUUGGGGGCCUUUCAGUGGCGCAACAGUCACCAGCAGAACAUUUUCGGCCGGUAUUUGCAAAUGCUAUGUCCCAAUGACAACAUUUAGUAUUUACUGACUGGUUUGUAAAGUGACAGUUAUUUGCAAAAGCUAUGACUGACGUUUCUGCUGUUUUCUAACAAUAGACACUGUGCAUUGCAGUUUUUUCACAUGAAAUAAUUUGGGACCGGACUUCGGAGGAUUGCCAAAAACUCGAUCCCCUACUGGGAAUGAUCUCAAACUAUAUUAUAGCUGAGCGUCCACUCUACCACUUGACCACACAAGAUCUUCUCUAUCAAGCAUAUCUUAAAACCAGGCCAAUGGCACAUUUUUGCCACGGUGUACCCAGGCCAAAGCCCACGAUUUCACUAGGUACACCGCCGCGGUUUACGCAGGCCAAAGCCGAUGGUUUCGCUAGGUACACCGCCGCGGUGUACGCAUCCACUUCGAUUUUUAAAGUACGACUUGGUUUGUUCUUUUUUAACAUGGACUGCAUCUCCACAUUCUGUGACCUCAUUCCGCUGAUCGCGUCAUGCGCAAUGACAUUAUAGUUUAUAUAAGGCAACGCAUUCCUUAUCACUAAAAUACUGUUUAUGGUCGACUUAUUUUAAACUUUCAACUUUGGCACAUGAAUAAUUAAUUAAAGCUUUCCCUGACCAAUGGUUUAAUAGUUUUUGCACACGGCAAACUCUCAUGAAUGAAACUCUGAGAUAGUACUACGAUUGUUACAGAGAGCUUGUUUACACAAUAUUUCUCGUACGUGCCCUCUGAUUGACCCCGCAUGAGACGCUGUGUUCACAAAGGGGUGUGGCUUAGGUCUUUGAUGUAUUUCUUGUUUACACCGCCAGCCACUGAAAAUAAUUAAUCUGUUCCAAAUAGUAUUUGGUAGAAUGAUUGGGAUUUUUCUCGAAAUGUCUCAAAGGCAGGGCUUGGGCGUCGGUAGACCCACCUAUAUAAGGGAUUGACAGGCACGGACGACGGACGGAGAUUUCAUAUAGAUUCUCUUAACAUUACGAGGCGUGUUUUAUUGUGUAUUUGUGUGCUCCUACUUAUAUGUGUUUAUUUCGCAUUAUUUAUUGGCAUCAUUAUUUCUAAUUGUAUUAACUGUGUACCAGUACGACAUCUGCCAUACUGUAAGUUGAAGAUUGUAAUUUUAUUUUAUUUUAUUUUGUAAUUAUCUUAAGACAUAAUAAAUCGUAAUUAAUUGUGACUAGAAACUGUUUUGGGUCGUAUCCUUAAUAUUGUUGAUUAUAUGGUAUCGUCCUUUGUUAGGCACUGUUUACAACGAGCCAAUUAAAAUUAAAAUAGGAGAUUAAUUUCUCCCAAUACAAGUCAGUGCGUAACAAAUUGGGCUGCUCGUCCGCGAUAAUACUAAAUUCAUACUACUAUUAUUAUUUCUCAUAUUAGACUCCAAUUUUAACAAAUUGUGGGCUUUUCCGAGGAUAAUUUUAAUCCAUAAUUUUUAUUACACCAAUAAUAAAUUGAGUGUUUUUCUGUGGAUUUUGACCCACUGUUUACUUUUAUAUACUCAGAUUAAUUUUGAGUACACGAUACCAUUUUACGACACCAACAACAGAGCUGGUUACAAUUUUUUUCAUUAGUGUGUGCACUAAGCUUAAAUUUUUAUAAAAAUCAUUGUUAUAUUUUGCCUGUGUCAAAAUGGAUUUUGAUAUUGAAAACCCAUCAGUAGAGGCAUUAGACAAAUGUUCUAGGAAGGAGCUAUUUUCCAUUGCUAAAGCUCUAGAAAUAAAUGUAGCUCAUUCGGCCGUAAAAAAGACCAUACGAGACAUGAUCAUCGUUCACUUUGUGGAUGAAGACAUGUUAUCUGAAGAUGAACUUGCCUCAGUCACACAACCGACUGAUCCAAGUAUGGAGCUCCAACUAAAGCUCAAACAAAUGGAACUAGAUGCCCAGAGAGAAAAAGAACGUGAGCUUAAACAGCUGGAGCUAGAUAAAGAACGUGAGCUUAAACAGCUGGAGUUGGAAGCACAGAAAGAGCUACAAAUCAAAUUAAAAGAAAUGGAAAUAACAGCCAAUUUGGGAGCAAUGGAAAAUAGACUCACGGCUCCAGCCGGUCAAGGUUGCGAUGCAAUUAAAUUUGCAAAAGUAAUCCCUAAAUUUUCAGAAAAAGAGGUUGACCAAUAUUUUGCGCAGUUUGAGAUAACUGCCCAAAAUUUUAAAAUUCCUGAAACUAUGUGGUCCACCUUACUUCAACCAGCCUUGACCGGAAGGGCAUCUGAAGUCUUUGUGUCCCUGAAUGCGGAACAGCGCGGGGACUAUAACCUAGUAAAAUCAUUAAUACUUAAGGCUUAUGAAUGUGUCCCCGAAGCAUACCGUAAAAAGUUUAGGGAACUGUGGAAACGUGAUGGCCAGACUCAUGUUGAGUUCCUCCGGGAAAAGGAACGGCUCCUGGACAAGUGGCUGCACGCAACCAACACCGAGACAGACUUCAAGAAAUUCAAGAACCUCAUUCUGAUGGAGGAGUUCAAGAACUGUGUUCGUACUGAGGUGCGAAUACAUAUUGCAGACCGUGGCGAAGGUGACGCACAUACGGCAGCAGUGUUAGCCGACGACUUCACCAUCUCACAUCAACUUUCCAAGAAUCCAUCUGACACCAAAAAUGACAGGCACAAUAAGACAGCUGUAUCAACUUACAGUAAACCUCCACAAAAACCAUUCAAGCCCGGUACGAAAGAAACAAGUGCCAAGGACACAUGUGCCUACUGUAAAAAAGAAGGACAUACGAGGGAUGAUUGCUGGAAACUCAAGAAGAAAACUGAGAAGACCACACAUCCUGGUACACAACACAAAGUCUCCGCUUGUACGUCUCGUUAUACAUCUGGAAACACAUUUUCAAAAUUCAAGAGUUUUUGCUCUCCAGAUGUCCAUACAAACUUCAAAGAGGUUUGUCACGACUCAUCAAAGAGUUUCAAAAGGAACAAUAAGGCUAGUUUUACUGACUCCAGCCAAGUUCCUGCUUCGACUGCGAGUUUUAUGAGCUUGUCGCCAAGAUCCUUUUGCUCCAAGAAGAGGUCUACCUCCAGAGGGCGUUUUACUGAGGACUUGUGUGCAAGUUUUGACGACUCUACCCAGAGUUUUACUUCCUCUACCCUAGCCGAAUGUUCUCAAGACUCCAACAAGAGUUUACCUACCAAGGUCCAAAAUUCUACAUCAGAAACUACUGAUGUCAUACAAGACUUCAUGCCUUUCAUAUCGGAAGGAUUCGUAUCACUGCCAGGUGAUUUUUCCAGUCUACAACCAAUCAAAAUCUUACGAGAUACAGGUGCUUCACAGUCCUUACUACUUGAGGGUAUACUUCCCUUAUCUGAAUCUACUGCUACUGGGAGCAACAUCCUGUUACGAGGUGUAGAGCUUGGAUGCAUAGAUGUACCUUUACAUCUCAUCAACCUAAAAUCAGACUUAGUCUCAGGACCUGUGGUUGUGGGUGUCCGACCAACAUUACCAUUGGACGGCAUCUCGUUGCUGCUAGGCAAUGACUUAGCUGGUGGGAAGGUGAUAGCCGAGCCCAUCGUUACUCAUGAACCUUGUUUAAAUGAAAAUCAGGAAGAAGAUCAAGAAUUGUAUCCAGCAUGUGCUGUGACAAGGGCCAUGAGUUCCAAGAUCUCCCCAAAAGAGAUUUCACAAAAAGGCAAUAAAAUUCUUCCUGAAAUUGACCUGGGAAAAACAUUUUUUGCAAGUCUUAAUGAAGAGGCUAGUGAUUACAAGACUCCAACUCGAAUGCAACUUAUUGAAGAACAGAAGAGUGAUCCAGAAAUAGUCAAACUUCGAGAGAACGCUUUGACCCAAGAAGAAUCUGAACAAUUCCCUAUAUGUUAUUACCUUCAAGAUGACAUACUUUUGAGAAAAUGGCGACCUCCAGACGCAAAUGCUGACGAAGAAUGGAGGAUAGUUCAUCAAAUAGUAGUUCCUACACCAUUCCGGAACGAAGUCCUGAACUUAGCCCAUGACUCACCACUUUCAGGGCAUUUGGGAGUAAAGAAGACAUAUCACAAAAUCACAUCGCACUUCUUUUGGCCCAAAAUCAAGAAAGAUGUGGUUGAAUACUGCAGAUCAUGUCAUACUUGUCAGGUUGUAGGGAAACCAAAUCAGAAGAUACCAGCAGCUCCUCUUCAACCCAUUCCAGCAUUCGAAGAACCUUUCAGUCGCGUUAUUAUAGACUGCGUUGGACCUCUGCCAAAGACAAAAUCAGGUCACCAAUACUUGCUGACAAUCAUGUGUGCGUCAACAAGAUUCCCAGAAGCUAUUCCUCUUCGCAAUAUCAAGACUCCGAACAUCGUCAAAGCCUUGACGAAGUUUUUUACAUUGUUUGGUCUUCCGAAGUCUGUACAGUCUGACCAAGGAACCAACUUCAAGGCUGGAAUAUUCAAACAAGUGAUGAACCAGUUGGGCAUAGAACACUGCUUGUCGAGUGCAUAUCAUCCUGAGUCACAGGGAGCACUUGAGCGAUUCCAUCAGACGUUGAAGAACAUGAUGAGAACCUACUGCCUAGAACAAGAGAAAGACUGGGAUGAAGGCAUCAACAUGCUACUGUUCGCCGCAAGAGAAGCAGUUCAAGAAUCACUUGGAUUCAGCCCCUUCGAACUGGUGUUUGGCCACACGGUUCGCGGUCCCCUUAAACUUUUAAAAGACACGUGGAUGUCAUCGGCACCCACGGAAGGACUUCUUGACUAUGUCCAAAAAUUUAAAACUAAACUUUUUAAUGCCGUUAAUUUGGCUAAAACACAUUUAAAAGAUUCACAAUCUAAAAUGAAAGUUUGGUAUGACAAAAAGUCAAAAUUCAGACAGUUUGCUUCAGGGGACAAAGUGCUUGUGCUUUUGCCGAUACCAGGGCAAGCACUACAAGCUAGAUAUUUUGGUCCUUAUGUUGUUGAGUCCAAAAUCAAUGAUUUGAAUUACAUUGUGUUAACACCAGAUCGUAGAAGAAAGAAACAGUUAUGUCACAUUAACAUGUUAAAAGAAUAUUUUGAUAGAAAAUGUGAUGAUCAUUGUCCAUCCUCAGAAACAAAUGUUAACACAAUCUCAACUGUAACUUCAGUACUUAAAGAAAAUGUUACUGAAACCUUUGAUAGUGUCCCAGAAAAAGUUGGUAAUUAUAAACUUAAAAAUUCAGAAAUAUUGGCCAACUUUGAUAAGAAACUAGGACAUUUGUCAUUGUCAGAGAAGGAUGUUGUUAAGUCUGUUAUUGCAGAUUUUGUUUUACUCUUCCCUGAUGUACCUAAUAAAACCAACAUUGCUGUACAUGAUGUUGACAUUGGCAAUGCAGUUCCGGUCAAGCAACACCCCUAUAGGGUCAAUCCGGAAAAACUUGAAAUAAUCCGGUCUGAAAUAAAAUACAUGCUUGAAAAUGAUAUAAUUGAACCAAGCUCUAGUAACUGGAGUUCACCAUGUAUUUUAGUCCCAAAGCCUGACAAAAGUUACAGGUUUUGUACUGACUUCAGGAAAGUGAAUGCAUUCACAAAGACUGAUUCCUUUCCGAUUCCAAGGAUAGACGAUCUUAUAGAUCGAAUAGGUGAUGCCAAAUAUGUAACCAAGAUAGACUUACUAUCAGGUUAUUGGCAGGUUCCUCUAUCUGACAGAGCAAAAGAAAUCUCUGCUUUUUGUACUCCAGAUGGUUUAUAUCAAUAUAAAGUAAUGCCGUUUGGAAUGAAAAAUGCCCCAGCUACAUUCCAACGUCUUGUAAAUAACAUUAUUGCUGACCAGGAAAAUUGCAGCGCCUAUAUUGAUGAUGUAAUUAUUUACAGUCAAGAUUUUUCAACUCAUGUAAACCAAUUAAGAUCUCUGUUUAAAAAAUUUUUGCAGGCAAAUGUAACUGUAAAUUUAAAUAAAUGUGAAUUUUGUCAUGCAACUGUGGAAUAUUUAGGUCACAUAGUGGGUCAAGGUCAUGUAAAGCCUGUUCAAGCUAAGAUAAAUGCUAUUGUAUCACUUCCACCACCCACUACUAGAAAACAGUUAAUGAGAUUUUUGGGAAUGGCAGGUUAUUAUAGAAAAUUUUGCAAAAAUUUCUCAGUUAUUGCUUCUCCUUUAAGUAAUAUGUUAAAGAAAAAUGCAAAAUUUCAUUGGUCAGAUGCUUGUCAGGAAGCAUUCGAAAACAUUAAAAAUAUACUUGCUAAUGCUCCUGUUCUCAUUGCACCAGACUUUAACAAACAGUUUAAAUUAGCUGUAGAUGCCAGUGAUGUUGGCAUUGGUGCAGUUCUUUUUCAAGAAGAUGACCACAAUGUAGAUCAUCCUGUCUCUUAUUUCUCAAAGAAAUUCAACUCACAUCAGAAAAACUAUUCCACUGUAGAAAAGGAAUGUUUAGGUUUAAUUCUUGCUCUCCAACAAUUUGAUUUUUAUGUCAGUUGUUCUUUACAUUCAGUACUUGUUUUUACUGAUCACAAUCCUUUAACAUUUUUGAAUAAGAUGGUCUCCAAAAAUCAAAGAUUGUUAAGAUGGAGCCUAUUUUUACAAGAAUAUAAUUUGGACAUCAAACAUAUUAAAGGCAAAGACAAUGUCAUUGCAGAUACUUUGUCCAGAAAUUAAUUUUCACUUAUGUUAUUGUUUAUAAGCUGUUAAGAAGUUUUUUGUCUAAUAUUUUGAGAGUAAGAAAUGUACUUUCUUCAAUUUUAAUGGAAAAAGAAUUCCAUUUUUGAACAAUGAAAUUUUUUUCUUUUAAGAGGGGAGGUGUUAUAGAGAGCUUGUUUACAUCAUAUUUCUCGUGCGUGCCCUCUGAUUGACCCCGCAUGAGACGCUGUGUUCACAAAGGGGUGUGGCUUAGGUCUUUGAUGUAUUUCUUGUUUACACCGCCAGCCACUGAAAAUAAUUAAUCUGUUCCAAAUAGUAUUUGGUAGAAUGAUUGGGAUUUUUCUCGAAAUGUCUCAAAGGCAGGGCUUGGGCGUCGGUAGACCCACCUAUAUAAGGGAUUGACAGGCACGGACGACGGACGGAGAUUUCAUAUAGAUUCUCUUAACAUUACGAGGCGUGUUUUAUUGUGUAUUUGUGUGCUCCUACUUAUAUGUGUUUAUUUCGCAUUAUUUAUUGGCAUCAUUAUUUCUAAUUGUAUUAACUGUGUACCAGUACGACAUCUGCCAUACUGUAAGUUGAAGAUUGUAAUUUUAUUUUAUUUUAUUUUGUAAUUAUCUUAAGACAUAAUAAAUCGUAAUUAAUUGUGACUAGAAACUGUUUUGGGUCGUAUCCUUAAUAUUGUUGAUUAUAUGGUAUCGUCCUUUGUUAGGCACUGUUUACAACCAGCCAAUUAAAAUUAAAAUAGGAGAUUAAUUUCUCCCAAUACAAGUCAGUGCGUAACAACGAUAUAGCCGUUAUGCUAGUGGCUGUGAAUGGUUGCCAAUGACAACGUGUUACACAGGGAAAAUUCUGAUCAUUUAUAAUAUGGACUUUACAGGGUUUUUAAAGCUCAAAUUAAAACAUUCCAGUUUAAAUGUCUUCAAAAUGCAUUCUGAAACACAAAAUAUAAAAUAUUUUGAUGUAUAUAGUGGUAAUAAUUAAAUAUUUCCUAAGUAUCGGCAACUUUCGCCAUUAAAAAAGGAGGCGUGGCCUACGCCAUGUCGAAAUUAGGCUGAGCCACCUCAUGGUGAUAUGGGUCACUGGGAGAAGCGUAACGAAUGUGGGACACGACCUACAUCAAUGAAACUUGGCACAGAUAUAGAUCAAUAUCUAAUGCUUAUACAGAUUUAAUAAAAAAGGGCCUUAUCUUAUUAUUUCACAAAAAAUUUUGUAUGCGAAGAUGCCUUAUAUAUACCAAAGAUUUUGAAAAUAAAGGUCGAUUGAAAAAAGCAAAAUAGCUGGCUAGAAAUGUAGGCCAAGAUGUCUUCCAAAUUAUAAGGCCGGAAACGGAACUCAAAUAUAUGUCGAAAUAACUAAUUUAAUAAUAAAUAGACACACACAUCGAAAAAUUAAAAACUCAGAUUUUUCGGCGCCGACGCCCAUUUCCGAUACACAAAAAGUAGUAGUCUCCCUUGUUUCAUCGAAGUAUCUACUAUUUGGAUGUCAUUUGUGGUAGUUUAUUUUGGUUAAACUGAAGAAGUAAGUUUACAAACAUAAUAAUAAUAGUCCAUUCAAUUAUCUUUCAUUUGAUACCAAAUUUUGUCUCACAACAAACCCUUCAAUAAUUUUUAAUUAUUUUUUAAUAAACCCAAACUCUAACUUCUCGGACCCGGGUCCGAAUAGCUGCAGCCUUUACUGAAUGGGUACUGACUGUCAAUAUUCCGAACUAAUUGGGACCUGGGGUAUUUUUGAAAUCCAAAGUUUUCUAAAAAUAGUACACUCCCAUGGAAAGUAUGCAUUAACAAAAUUAUGCACAUAAUAUACUUUAUAUUUAUAUAGGCAUGGUGCAUUAUUGUACGGUGUAUACCUACUGCCGAUUUCAGCUGAUUGAUAUCAAAGCCGAUAAGGAAUAGUUUUUAACUGUGUAAAGAUGUCAUUUCCAAAAAUAGGCCUAUAUGACUGAUGUUUAUAAAAAAAUCUGAGGUCACUUGAUCUCUGCAAGUGUAUUCUGCAAUAUACUAUAUUGUUACCAGUGCAGCUUGCACUUUAUUCCCCCGAAUUUAAGUCUUAAAAUAAGUUUGCGUCCGAGAAGAGGCAUGCAGCGAAAUGGUAAUAUUUUUAAAAAAUCAUACCCGAGUGUGGCUUAUAAUCAGGACCAACCUAUACUAGGAACAAUAUGUUCAAUAAAUUAACAAGUCUGAAGAUCGCUUAUCCCAGUCUACUGCAUCUACAGUAGAUACGGGGCCGGAAUCAUUUACAGGUGUUUGUCCACAAAUUUUCUAAGCCAUGCGCAUUGCAUACGAUAAAAAUAAUAAUUAUAAAAGACAAGGGCAGUUCAAAUACUGAAGUUUCUGAUAAGGUGUGUGGAAAUCAACACUUUACUGAACUGAUAAUUAGCUAGUUUGGGAGGGAGCACAAUUUAGGGAGUUUGUUCCUAAAGGCAUUUAUACAAGGUUCGCCACUGUCAAGAAAAGGCUCAUACAAGUUACCACACAGACCAGUUACCACACAUACAAGUUAACUCUUAGAAGACAAUUGAACCUACAGAAAACUUUGCUGAAUGCUUUUUUUUAGUCAUAUGACUGUAACAACUCUAAAGUUUUGGGGGAAAUUUAUUUUAUCCCUUUUAGUAUAUUACGGAAAGUCAUAUUUUUUAAAAAAGUAUUUUUUAAAUAUUUCUUUAUUUUCAUCAAAACUUACAUUUUUUUUCUUUCAGGUAAAUGAAUGGACACACAAAAUAAGGAAAGAAGGCAAUAACAUAGAAAGACAAAUUAGAGGUGAUAUAAAUUUCAAUCUGUUAUACUUCCUAUGAUUUCUUACCCCAUAUGGCUUACACUUACUACAUCUUCACAAUUUUGAUAUUUUGCCAUAUGUUGAACUUUAUAAAAGUAGCACAAUAACUCAGGCAUGUAAGUUGUGUAGCUUAUUGUGUCAAAAUAGUCAUGGGCAUUACUAAAUCAAAAUCAGCCAUGAUAAAGCUGGCUAUUAAUUAGUCUUGAACAAUAUUGAACAGGAUUCUAGUAGAUAAAAAAAAAAUAAAUAAAGGGCAUAAGUUCAUAUAAAUUGAAAUUAGCAACUGUUUAUAACCAUGAAGGCUCACAAAGGUGACAAACCAUCAAUAUAAGGUGACAAACGAACACAAGGAUCCUUUAUUUUGUUUUAUUUGCCUGAGCAUCAGACUCUGGUGAAAAUAUUGGCAUCCGUCCGUUGGUGUGUUCAAGCUUGAAGCCAUUCUUAUGAAACUAGCAACCUGGGCAAGGAAUUUUCUGGAAAAUGUUUCCCAGGCUGCAGAUUCCCCCUCUCUUGAUGCUGUUUAGUCUAUCAUCUGUCAACAUUAAAAACAAAAUUGUAAAAUGUUUUAUUCAUAAUUCAAUGAAUUUAAUAAAAUUUAAGAUGGGUUAUAUUUGUUUUACAAUUAUUUUAUCCUCUUUAUUAAAUUACAUUGUAACUUUGGCUAACUUUCACCUUGAUUAGUAUAUUUUAAUCUUUAUUAAGUGCUAUUUAAAUAUAUAUAUAUAUAUAUAUAUAUAUAUAUAUAUAUAUACAGUGGAACCUCUCAUAACGAGCACCUCUCAUGAGUAAUUCGCAUAACGAGCAAUAAAAAUUGAAGAAGUUGCUCCUUAAUGAGCGACAGUUCGCAUAACGAGUUACGCAGAAAGGGGAAGUCCCUUUUUCCCGACAUUCAUUUGUGAGCCGGGACUUGGGAAUGAGUUACCAAGAAGACCCUCACUUCUGCUUGGAAAAAACUUUGGCCAGAGAGUGUUGUUGAAUGUGAUUUUGAAACAGUAGCUGUGGAGUCUACAGUUAACAAGAUUGUGUAAUUGGCCAAUAUCAUGGGACUUGAGGUGGACAACAACAAUAUUGAAGAUCUUGUGAAAGAGCACAGUCAAGAGUUGACCACCGAAGAGCUUAUGGAGUUGCAUCGUGUUUCACAGCAAGAAAUUAUGGAUGAGAGCUCAUAAUGGAGGAGGAAGUAGCAGAGCAACAAUCUUCUAAGCGCAAUAAGAGAAAUGCUGAAAGCAUGGGAAACUGAUGCAUCGUACAUUGAGAAGCAUCACCCUAAUAAGGAGGUGGCUAUUCGUGCUACAAAUUUAUUCAAUGAUAAUGUUGUGACACAUUUUCAUCAAAUUUUGAAGUGUCUGCAAAAACAAAUGUCUUUAGACAGUUUUCUAGUUGAAAAGGAUUAAUUAUUUGUCAUAAACUCAUAUUUUUAUUUGCGUUUUUUGUUUCAAAUCUAAAUUGUAUUCCAAGUUGUUACACUCCUUAACAAUUCAUAAGUAAUUUUACUUGAAUAAAAGUAAAAGUUAAUAAAAAAUUUUGAAAAAUUAGUAUUUUUUCAGCAUGGAACCCAUUAUCGUAUUUUACAUUGAUUUGUAUGGGAAAAAUUGUUUCGUUUAACGAGUGUUUCGCUUAACAAGUAAGAUUCUGGAACAAAUUAUGCUUGUUAUGAGAGGUUCCACUGUAUAUGGUCAUUAAAGUGAUAAAUCGUAUUUUCAUUCAAUAAUCUAAGUUAUGUAAAUUAAGCAACUCAAUGCAAUUUAAAACAAAUUAAGUAUGGUGGAACCUAGCUAUUAUAUGAAUUUGUAUGUGAGAUGAUCGUGGUAUCGUCUCAAAAAUUUCAUAUGGUACUAAAUUAAUAUGAUUGCUUGGCAUUUUAAGGUAUUCAAAGAGAAGAAGAAAAAACAAAGCGAAUGGUAAGAGAGUCUGCUAAAAAGGGGGACAAAGAUUCCUGUAGGAUUCUUGCAAGGGAAAUUGUGAAAGCAGAUAAACAGAUCAGUAAAUUAUAUGCAUCAAAAGCACAUUUGAACUCUGUACAGAUGAGCAUGAAGCACCAACUUGGUAAGUGGUGUUAUUUUAUUUCCUUACUAAUAAGGCCAGUAAUUUGCAGCCUGUAUUCCAAGAUGGAGUGAUAAGUACCUCUUUGUGCUUCAUGAUAAAAUGGUUGUUUUGUAAGUCUACUGUGUUGGAUAGCGAGCAACCAUCAACAUGAAUUCAGAGACGGUUGAAAAUUUAAAAAAUUUGAUAGGGGAUGCUGGGAUCUACAAAUGUUGGGUAAUUCUUGCACUUCUCUUUUAAGUUUGAUAACAGUACUGUAUCUACUCGUUGAUUAGCUGACUUUUUAAGAAAAAAAUUAUUUCAAAGAAAUAAGGUGUUCGGCUUAUGAGCGGGUCAUAGGAAAUUUGUAUAAGUUUAUUUAGGCACAUUGAAUCUAUGUUAGAAAACAAUGUAGAAAAAAGUAAUUUAUGGAAGUCAAAAUAAAGGUGUAUGCAAAGUUGGGUCACAAGUGCGACUACCGUGGUUUGAGAGUAUCAUAGUACCUACAUUGAAUAAUGAAAUUGUUAUAUUUAGAAUGCAGAGGCCCUUUUUUUUGUUGAAAUGUUAAAAAUGGUUACCAUUUAAACUGGUCAACACCACGAAGCAAGUGUAUGUGCUAUACAUUAUACUUUAUCUUUAUUACUUUUUAAAUGUUUUUACUUACCCAAUAAUUAUUUCUAAAAGUUUGGAUUUCUAGAAACAUUAAUUUUUUUUCUUUACUACCUGGCAUAAUAUUUUUGGGGGUUGGAUUAUGAUUGGGUUAUACUUAUACACUUUUCAGGUUUUUCCCAGCUAAAACUAAAUGAGGUAGGCUUACUUAUGAACAGGUUUAUACUGUAUCUAACAUAUACAAUCCCCCCCCCCCAUUCCCUACAUGUGUGUAAUGGAAAGUGACAAACUUUGCAUUCCUAAAAAUUUGAACACAAGUGCAUUUUGAUACCUCACAUGAGAUGUUGGGUUGUAUGUACAUCUAAAUUGGCCAGCAUUUCAUCUCUUCUAUGCUAAUUACAUGGAAUAAUUAAGCAGACAUAAUUUAAAAAAAAGGAUUGGCUCAUUGUUGUUUUGAUUUUUCACAAUAUGCAUACAAUAAUACUAAUUAUAGCCAUUUCAAUACUAUUCAGCUCUUGUUUACACGCCUGGCUGUUGGCAAAACUACCAUCUCUAGGAAAAAACAAAGGAGCUUGGAAAUCUUUUUAGUAUCUUCAUAUUGAGUGACUAAGUCAGAUAAUUCCUUUUAGUCUGAACUUCAGUCAGAAUUUGUUUGUCUGCCCAAGAGGCGGAUGCUGAAAGUGAGCAAGAGGCAGGCUAUAGAGAAAAUAAAUUUGUUUGAAAAAGUUAAUGUUACCCUGACCUUUUCACAGUGAUAAUAAAUAUAAAACAACAUAAUAUAUGUAGUUUAUCCAAUCAGUUCAUUGCAAUUGUAAACCAUGGCCCAUAGAAGACAAGUUAAUCUGUUACCCUGACCUUUUUACAGUGAGAAUAAAUAUAAAAAAACAAAAUAUUUGUAGUUUAUCCAAUCAGUUGAUUGCAAUUUUUUUGUAAACCAUGGCCCAUGAAACAGUCAGAUUUGAAAAUGACUCUGCGUUCAGGAAUGAAAAACCUCUGCUAAUAAUCCAGGGGAGGAUAUACAUGUUUAAGUAAUAAAUGAAUUAUGUCUUUAUGUGACAACUCAACAUGCCAAUUUAAAAAAAUUAAUAUUUAAAAACAUGCAGCUACUUUGAGGGUCGCAGGGGCAUUGUCGAAGAGUACAGAGGUGAUGCAGAGCAUGCAGCAACUAAUAAAAGUUCCAGAGAUUCAAGCCACAAUGAGAGAGAUGUCAAAAGAAAUGAUGAAGGUACUUAUAUCUCCAAUUUCUUCAAUAAAGAGGCGUUUGCAUUUGUGUAGGAAUCAUUACACUUGCUGUAGGCUGUAGGAAUCAUUACACAAGUGAUUAAUCUAAAACCCAUCUUGACUUACAUUUUUAUAUAUUUAUAUCUGAACUGAAACAAACCCUCUGCUCACUAAUUUAUGCAUUCUUCAGGCUGGCAUUAUUGAAGAGAUGUUAGAUGAUGCCAUGGAAAGUCUAGAUGAUGAAGAUCUUGAUGAUGAGGCUGAUGAGGAAGUUGACAAAGUAUUAUAUGAGAUAACUGCUGGUAAGAGAAUAAUUAUUAUAUAGCUUAGUUGUAAAGGAAAAAGAAACAAAGACCCUUGCCUAAAGAAAAGCAUCCUUCUAAAACUUUCUUUGCCCCCAGGCUAAUUCACCAAUGCGCCUUGUGAUAUAUUCUUUCAGGGUGUCCACCAACUAAACUACCAUACACUUGACUGCAUAAGUUUACUCAUAUUCUUGUGAUGGAAAAAAGCAAAUUUAAAAAAUAAUCUUCUUUUGUUAUAAAAUUGCAAGAGUUAGAAAUCUUGGCUUCCAGGCUCUUGAUAAUUUUAUUAUUGUCAAGUGAGCUUGACAUGAAACUAUCAAAUUUUUUAUUUUUUGAAAAUAAAUAAAAAUGUGAUAUUGAUGAUCCCAUGGUUAAAAAUGAUACUAAAUCGGAUGUAAUAUAAAGUAGUAUUAUGGUACUUGAUGCCCACCAACAAAGUCAUGGUGAUUGCAGUAAGCUUAUAAAAAAUGUACCAGUGUUCAUCUUCAGAUAUUAUAAUUUAAUGUUUAUUCUAGAUACCGGUAUAACCUUAUUUUUUAAUUUAGUCUUGAAAACUCAAUUCUUUUUAUUUUUUGUUCUUAGAAAAAGAAACAAAAUCAGCACAAUAACUUUCGUAUAUUUUUUCUCUGUACAGGUUUCUUUAUGAACAUUUCCAGUUAUAACUAUGUCCCUUUAAUGAGACUGAUAAGAUUAUUACAGCAAGAAAAGAAGAUUGUUACAGCAAGAGUAGAAGAUUAUUUCAGCAAGAGUGGGUUAAGCUGGCAUAGGUUGGACUUUCUGUAGGAAGAACAACAAAAAAUAAAACAGCUUUGUAAUUUACUAAAGCCUGAAUAAGAAAAUGAUAACUCAAGUAAUAUUAAUUUUUUCUUAGGUGAGCUUGGGAAAGCACCAGAUGCUGUUGAAGAUUCUCUGCCAGAAACAGAAGGUGCUAGAGCAGCUCCAUCUAGAGCUGGUCCCUCAAAAGCUGGGGCAUCACGGGUUGCUGCAGCCGCUGUUGCUCUGGAGGAGGAUGAUGAUGAAGACAUUGAUGACAUGAAGGCCAGAUUAGAGGCACUGAGGAGUUGAUAAAUUUAACAAUUCUACAAAUUUGUGACUGGCGCUGAAGGCUCAAAGGGUUUACGUUUGGAAGUUUGUGAUGUCACAAUUGAAGAGAACUGAAAGGGUUUACAGUUGUAAAGUAUAUAUAGUUAUUGUUCAUGAUGGUCUCAGUUUUGCAUAAGUUGAGGUAAAUAUAACUAAAUGCUGUAAUAAAUAAGAAUGUUUGCAGUAUAUUUCAUUUCAGUUAUAUUUGUAGUUAAAAAGAAAAUCUCAUAGAAUGUAAAACUUUCAUUAGUUAUAAGAUAUACCAUAUCAGCACAACAAACAAAAAGCUACAAAAAUAAUUUUUUUUAUCCUAUUUAUUAUUUUUUAAAAGUAAACCGCUAUUCUCCCCUGUAUGAUGCAUUUAGAGGAUAUCUAUUUUUGUCGAAGUUUAAUGCAUAGUAAAGUAUAGCACCCAGCUUUUUUAAAUGGAGAUUGGAAUUAUAUAUAUAUUACUUCACUGCAUUGGUUAUGUUAAGUUUUUUUUAGAAAAACCACAUUAAAAGCUUGCAUUUCAUGAUAUUCUUUGAAUGAAGUUGUAGGCCUAUAGGAACUGCAUGCUUUGACAAUUAAUUGAUUUCUUUCUUUCUGGUGUGUCACAUAAUUUUAUAAAAUUUAUUAGGAAACUGGCCUCAAUGGUAUAUUUAUAGAGAGUAAUAAUUUAAAAUAGUGUUUAGGAUGUCUGUGAUAAGACUUGAUAGUGAGGCAUGCCAAAUCUAAAACAUAAGUUAAUAAUGAUUAAACUACUACGUUUUAACUAAUGUAAAAAUAAGGGCUUCCUGAAUUUAUGUUGGUUUCUUCUUUUAAUUAUAAGAAAAAAUUUAAGUCCCAAAGUACUUUUUCAUUUUAACACAUAUACUACACUAUAUAUGCUUUUCAUCAAAAUAAAUUUUUGUCUUCAAGGUGCAUUAGUGUAUACAUAUCAUUUUAUGUAUCUGUAAAUAGUGUCCUUCAAAAGACCCUGAAAUUAUAUAAUUGGGCCGCCAUGGAGAAGCUUAUGUUAUUCUCAACUUCUCCAAUAAAGAAUGAAUAACUUCAAAUGAACAAAAAAAAAUAAGUUAAGAAAGAACUUUGAGCAAUUGUUUCUAUUAAAAAAAUGUCUUUGUUUUUUUCACGAAUGUAUUUUCCCACUCACGUUUAAGUCAAUAGCUUAUCUUAGUAAUUUGUCAUUUAAUAAUGCCCAUGACCUGACUUUUGAUGGUUACUAAACCUUGUGCAGUAUUAACACAAUUAUUUUUUCCGUUAAUACCAUCUUUGAAAGUUAUAUUGUCUCUAUAAAAUUGCCCAUGUUCCAAAAAGAUCUUAGACUUAGAGCAUUUCAAACAGAUUUGCUUAAAGUUAUUUUAUUAAUAAAUACUAGUACCGGUAACUAAAGCUACAUAUUAGAUUUAAAACGUCUUUUCAAAUACAAGAUCUGAUAUUGCUAAAGAAAAAUCAAAUUCUUCAAUACAAUUAUUUUAAUUACUAACUAUAGUAACAAAAAGUAGUAUUUCAAUCAUAGAUAAAAUUAAAGUCAAAGUAAGUGUCACCUAACUGCACAAUAUUCUAAGCCAAAAAUCCUAUGUUUAUCAUCUUCACCAAUGUCAUAGUUCUUUAAAAGUUUAUAUUUUAAAAAAGAAUUUGAUACUUAUGAUGCAUUUUUUGCAAAGUGAAUCAUUCCUAAUUAAUGUUUUUAAUCAUUCAAGGCCAGUAGUAAGAACAUCAGUUAUCAUUUUCUCCUUUUUUCUCAAGCUAGGCAGUGGAGUCAGAGAAAACUAUAAAUACUUGGGAUAUGAUUAUUUAUCCAUUGGUUAAACAUUUUUUAAAAUUAAAUUAUCUUGUUUGGAAAGGGUGGACAAUUGCAAUAUGUUGUAAGAAAUUUUGUUUUCUAAUUCAAAUAUGAAAUGAUUAUUUUUUUCAAAACUAUGUGAAAAAUAGUAUUAACAGUAUUUUAAAUUCAUUUUGGGAACAAGAUCAUGUAGUAGUAAUCUGAAUAUAAUUUGAUUGUGGCAUGAUUCCUGAAAUUUUAAAUUAAUAAUCAUCAAAGAACAUAAGCCAAGGGCUUGGCAGGGUUAUUAGACUAGAUCAGUUGCAGGUAAAUAGUGUCGGCUUUAUAAGCUGUAAAAAUCUCCACACUAUUAGCAGAGAAUCAAGGCUUCUGUGAGACGGUGUUGAGGGCAUCACAGUUGCAUUGGUGGGGGCAAGUAGCAUAAAAAUAUUCUAAGAUUCAAGACCAGAUUCAAGGGUAGGUAGACUCAUGACAGCCCAUAGUCAUGUGCCCCUUGAUCAACAACUUAGCCAUUACCAUUAUGACAGAUCAUCAAGGUUUUUACACUCAUCAUAUGCUCUCAUCAUGUGCUCUCAUUGUGGGCUUCAUCCUAUGCUCUCAUCAUGUGCUCUCAUCAUGUACUGUCAGUGUGUGCUCUCAUCAUGUGUUCUCAUUGUGUGCUUUCAAUAUGUGCUCUCAGCAUUUGCACUCAUGGUGUGCUCUCAUCAUGUGCUCUCAGGAUGUAUUUGCCAUCAUUUUUAAGUAAUCUGUUGUAUAAUUUUUAAAAUUAUUUUAUCUGAAAUUUCAUUAUGAUUAGAAAUGUAACAAACAGUGUAGUAAAGAGUGAAAUAUAAAUUCUUUAUCCAAAAUGUCUAUUUAUUAUCAGUGAAGAAUUUGACGAAUUACGGCUGCGCUGAGCUGAGUUAUUUCUAAGAAUGCCUCAAUUUAUAAGUGUAUAUAUAAAGUAUAUAUUUAUUGCGAUAAAAAUUGUUGCACCAAUCUUUGAGCAUUGUUUUUUUAAUGUAAUUUAUUUCUUAGUAAACAAUAAAAAAAAAAGUAAUUAUGCUUGUGUCAUUUUUAUUCAAGUUACUUUUCUUGCUUGAAUUUAAUAAUUUCCAUAUAAACUAUGAAACCAAAUUGAAUAAUAAAUUAAAUGCAUUAAGAAUGAAGUAACAGAUAAGGAAUUGUGUGAUAAAAUUGUACACGCUGUUGAAUAAAUAAUAUAAAUAGUUAAG